AUGUCGAAAGAAAAGCGCCCCCAUAAAAUACAUGUGAAAAUGGCAAUAGUUCCCGAAGCAUCGAGUACGUCUAAAGCAUCACAAAUCUUCGAUAUGCAACACUUUCAACAUACUCUAAAUACAGCUCAUGUUUGUUCCGAUGGCCGAUUAGAAUUCUCAGCUGAUGUAUUACCAUCGGUUGGAUUAUUUCAUCAAAAUGUUUUACGUUGUACGAAAUGUAAUACAGAAACACCCAUGACGAAUUUUCCAGUCAUAUAUCCAUUUGAAUCAAAACAACAGGAACCUAAUCAAAGAUUAAUUUUGGCUGCUGCAACAACAGGUGUUGGCUACCGUGCAAUUAAAACAGUUAUGUCCUCAUUGCCUUUAUCGAUACAAAGUGAAAAAUCAUUUUUACAUCAAUUGCACAAGCAUUAUGAUGGUUUGCAUAAUUUUACACAACAACAUUUUGAACAAAUCAUUAAGAAAAUCAAGUCUAGGAACAAUCAUAGAAGCGAGAUUAUGGAUACAACCGUUUCUAUUGAUGGGACAUGGAAACGUAGAGGACACAUAUCUAAUUUUGGCAUCGUUUACGUGAUCGAUGUUCAAUCAGGUUUAUGUAUAGAUUAUGAAGUGCUGUCUUUAUUUUGUGAAGCUUGUAUUAUGAAACAGUCAAAAUUAUCAAGAACUAAAUUUCUCAAAUGGUAUAAGAAGCACAAGUCAUUCUGUAACAAAAAUUAUGAUGGAACAUCAAAAUCAAUGGAAAAGGAAGCAUUUGAAGCAAUUAAAUAUUAUUAUGUUGAACAAUAUCAACAACAAGAACAACAACGAAUUUAUCUAGGACAAGGUACCGAUCAUUCGGAAAAUGAUGAAUCUUCCGAAGGUGGUGUUCAUUCGGAAGACGAUGAAUCUGCCGAAGGUAAUGUUCAUUCGGAAGAUGGUGAUUAUUAUGAAGGCGAUCAUCAAUUACAAGAUGAUAGUGUACCUAGCAAAUUGAUAGUGGUAAAAGAAGAUUGCAUCAAUCACGUUGGGAAGAGGGUAAUGAAGUAUUUACUCGAUUUAAAACGAGAUAAAACUCGACGAAUAUCAACCACAAAAGAAGCCUCAACAAGUUCUACAUCGACAGCAUCCAAGAAAGAAUCAACAAAACAACAACUACUUGGUGAUAACAAAAAAUGGGGUAGUGGUGCCGGUCGUAUGACGAACAACAUGAUGAAAAAGUUAUCUAAUAGUUAUGGUCUUGCUAUAAGACAAGUUAGUUCACUAUCAUCAGGUAAAGAACUCAACGAAGCAUUAGAUACUAUGCAAAAAGCUUGUCUAGCUGCGUUUUAUCAUUAUAUAAAGACAAGUGAUAAUAAUGAAGAAGAACAACACAAGUAUUGUCCAAAAACAGAUGACAGUUGGUGUUUUUAUCAACAAACUAAAAUGUCGAAAGAUAAAAAUAACAACGUAAAACAGAAAAAGAAACACGAUUUUCUUGAUCCAAUCUUCCGAGAAAUCCUGCAACCCAUAAUACUCAAAUUAACGUGCAAAUCAUUACUACGUCGUUGUUUACGUGGAAUAACUCAAAAUUCAAACGAAUCAUUAAAUUCUAUCGUUUGGAGCAUAUUGAGCAAAUCGAAACAUCACGAAUUUCGAUCCGUGAGAGGUAGUGCUGCUCCUGCAGCAAUGCUUUUCAACUCUGGUAGCAGUAUUUUGAUUGAUUACUUUAAUGAAUUUGACGUUAGCAAACCAUUAUUUGAGCAUCUGAUAACCAAAGAUAGAAAAAGAAUAAACAACUCGUCACACAAUAGUGAACAACGACAAAAACGAAUCGAACAAAAAGGUUCUGAUAGGCAAAAUGCAAUAACAGCUAAACAUGAUUUAAAGGAUUACAAUCCUGGUGCUUUUGAUUUGUGA